CGUCAGUACCGGUACCCAACUGUUGCUUACAACAUGGCAGCUCCCAGUAAAAAAUUUCACAUUCUUCCCCACGUAACCGUGUUUUUAUUACUCGCGUCUCUCCCAGUUUUCCAGGCCAAAGAUUUUGAAAGUGAGUAUAUAAAAGUAAGUUACAUAAUCGUGUUAGAUAAAAUACAUUGCAUUUUGCAUAUUAUUUUUGUGGGGUUGGGGAGGAGAGAAUAGAGAGGGGUUCCGGGUUAGCAUUUACACUAAAAACAGUUCUGUACCAGUAUCGCGUGUUGUGCCGAGUAAAUAAAUUGUACACUCGACUGACAUGUCGUGCACUCAUAUGUAACGUAACGGAAGUUAUGUUGAAUAAUAACUGAAAAUUGAUCUUGUGUAUAAGGUCUUAAAAACUUUAUUUCAUAAACAUUUGUGAAAAUAGCUCUUAAAAUUUUUGUUAAGCUCAUCAUGGGAAUUCCUGAAAAAAAUUUCGGGAAACUCCGAAGAAAAUUUCUAUAAAAAGUAGAUAUAUUUAUAUUGCAUGACGUUUAUAAAAAAAAAAUACAUAUAUUUUAUAAGAAAAUCAAUUUGGAGUAAAGCAAAAAAGUGUGUGUGUGUGUGGGGGGGGGGGGGAUUUGGUGAUUUGAAAAGAGAGAAAAACAAAAUUGAAACGGAAGAUAAUAAAAGCCAAACUGAAAAAAAGACUUAAUUAAAAUAAAAUAAGGAAGUCAAUCCUGGAUCCAUUGCGGUUGAUACAAAUUUCAAAUUUUUGUAACAUUGUAAUAAAUUAUUAUCAUUAGAAAGUGAUAUAUUAUGACAUGCCAUGUUUAAUUAAGCAAGUAAAAGUAAAGGCACUUUUUUUUUUUUUGGCCAUAUCAUUCAUCAUGUGUGUACUGCUAGAUUACACAAUGACAAUGGCCGGUGAACAGAAUGAAUAGUUGUUAAAGAAGGUGAUGGUCUAACAUAAAAAAGACCAUUAAAAAAUAAUAUUUUUGUUUAUACUUGUACUAAUUUAUUAUUUUUUUAAAACUUGCCAAACUUUUAUAAAAACAAUCAGAAUCAAAGAUUAGCAGAAAUAAUUUAAUUAUAAUUAUAUACAACUCAUUUAUUUGGACCGAAAGGACCAACCCUAAGAAAAUGGAUAUAAAAUAAAUCUUACAAUUGUAAAACAUUCAACACUCAAUGGAGAAAAAAAAAUGUUUGUCCCAUAGCAUAAUAGUGCCAUCCCACUAACAAAGUUAACCUGUGCAUUAUCUGCAGACAUUUAUUUUAAAAUGUGCUUUGUCCUCAAUAAGUUUAUAAUUUAUGGUUCAUUUUAAAAAAUACCCACUAAAUUUCUCUUUGUGAUUUCAUAACAGAAUAAUCACAUGUCCAAUAAACUUUAUUAAUAAUAUUUAACUGUGAAAAGAAUUAUCUUGAAAUAUCUGCCAGAUCUGACCCAAAAAAAUAGAUGGUGGGGCAAAACCAAGUGCAAAGGAGUAAGUUAUGAACUAUUCCAUUAUCUGCCCUGUUUCAUAAAAAAAUAAUGUGGUAUCAUCUUUUGAAUAUGAUUGUAUGAAAUCAGAAGGCAGUGAAAGUGAACAUGUACAAGAAGUCAAGUCUCCAAGUGAGGCAGCCAAGCACCCUCCAGCUAAAAAUACUCCACAAGCAACAAGACCUGAGAGCCUUGAGUCAACACAGUCAGGCAAAUCGAGGGAUCACAUUUAUGGCACUCUUAACCUAAGAGAGCGAAAGAAAGCUACCAAAGACUUCAAGCACAGAGGUAGGUGUAUUGACAAGCCUAGUUUAAAAUGCUAGACAGAUCUCAGUGGCUUUGUAUGAAUCUAAUCCAUUUUAAUAUUUAAGAGAGCGAAAGAAAGCUACCAAAGACUUAAAGCACAGAGGUAGGUGUAUUGAAAAGCCUAGUUUAAAAUGCAAGAUAGAUCUCAGUGGCUUUGUAUGAAUCUAAUCCAUUUUAACAUUUAAGAGAGCGAAAGAAAGCUACCAAAGACUUAAAGCACAGAGGUAAGUGUAUUGACAAGCCUAGUUUGAAAUGCCAGACAGAUCUCAGUGGCUUUGUAGUCUUGUCCUUCACAAGGAAUCAAAUCCAUUUUAACAUUGAUUAGAAAUUUUACACUUGAUCCAAUCCCCAAAGGUUACAAAAAUUAAAAUAAAUAAGCAUGAGUGGUCUCAGUACUUAUAUUUUGUGAACAUAGAAAUGCUGGUGGUACUAAGGAGAAAAAACUGACACAACAGGACCAGACCGACACAACAGUUCAUGAACAUUUGUUAUCCCUGUCAUGCGUCACACUUUUUUGUUCAAUAAAUGUCUUUUUCAAGAGCUACUGUUAUAUUCGAUCAAAGCGUGCAUGUGGAUGUGUGGAAGAUAGUGUCAAAUUCUCAACAUGGCCCUUCAAGAAAAUAGCUGGCCAAAAAUAAAAAUCCCCUGAAACAUAAAAGUAAAAAAGGAACAGCCCCCCCCCCCAACCACCCUAACAAAACAAACAAAAUACUACAGUAAUCUAAAAUCUAAGUUAUCAUAAAUAUUUUUACAUCUACCAAAUGAAGGAUCCACAAUUAAACAAUGGGUUACAGUCCAAAAAGUUUAUAGAUGAAGGAUAAUGGUAAUAUUUCCAUAAUUUCUGAGCAGUCACUGAUAUUUCAACUAUAGUUAAUGUUUUCACUUCAGAAACAGUGAUGAAAAAAACCCUACAGGACCUGCUAGCAAUCUACAAGUCAUCUAUUGAACCCCUGGAGAUUGCCUACAGAUUUAGCGACCUUAAUAAAGAUGCAUUACUAGGUAAUUGAAAGAGAGCUUUGGUUUCAGCGAAGAAAAAGCAACAACAAAAAUAAUGCAGCCUGUCAAGUGUAACUCAUAUAUCCCAGUAAAUGCAGGAACUGAAUUCUUAUAAUCCUCACCAAUGCACCUGUUGAACUUUUUCAGCACUUUCCACUACUAACAUAAACAGGGGAGAUGUAUAAUGCAGAGCAACUUAAACUGUAAUUUUAAACCAUGACAUGAUGUCAUCUUAACCAUAAUAUCAGUUAAGGUUAUCGAAGGGGUUACAAAUUAAAAAAAAAAAAUCUUUUACCAAAAUGAAUUUUUCUAACAACACUGGCAAAGAGAACAUGUUCUUGGCAAUAUUAUAUGUAAUUAUAUUCUCCAGAAUCUGAAAUUAUGGCAAAACCCCUCAUCUUACUACUGGGGCCAUGGAGUGCAGGAAAGACUUCAAUGAUCAACUAUUUACUUGAGAUUGAGGAUGCGCCAGAAAAGCUGCACACUGGUAAGCAAUGUGUCAAGAACUAUUUUAUUUAUCACUAUACCAUUUUCCCCAACUACUAAAUAAGAGCCGUCAAAAUUGUAUUUCAGGUGCUGAACCAACAACCAGUGAUUUUUUUAUAAUCCAGCAUGGCCCAAAAUACAAGACUGUUAAAGGAAUGCAACUAGUGGCUGACCAAAAAAAUUCAUUUGCCUCAUUGGAGAAACUUGGCCUAGUAUGUAUUCUUCCUUAGGUCUAUUAUUUCAAACAAGCAAAAGAAAACAACAGUGCUAGUUUGUUGAUAACACUGACUUCAAGUAUACUGUAUAGUUCAGACUAUAAGCCACACAUAAUAAUAUAAAAAAUACUGGGUAAUGAGCCAUCCGUAUAGUAUGUAAGCACAAGGGGGGAGGGGUUGUCAAUAUGGGAAAUUUUGCGUACAUGCACAUACAGGGGGGAGGGGUCCCUCGGCACAGUUUAUUUACAUUUGUUCACAAAUUCUGUAAAAAAUUUCAUGACCAUAAAUCAUAAAUAGCAAUUUACAUCAAUAAUACUGUAAAAAUAGUAUGCAAUGUUUUGCAGGCAUUAAUGUAAUAAUAUUGCCAGUGUUUUCAAAAGUACACUAGCUACAUAUCACUCAUGUAGUAGGCCUACUCAGUACCAGUAGUAAUAUUUAGUCCAUCAUAUAUCCUGUGUGCCUGUUUUGGUGCUAUAUUCUUUGGGCUAUGCCAGUGGUUCCGUAAUUUUUCAAUUUCUCUGGUCCAUUGCCAAAUUGAGAUUUCUGUUAAAUCCUUUCAAGUACACUUCAAAUAGCCAACACAUUUUAAAAUAAUAAAAUAAUGGGUUGAGUAAAAAUUAAAAACACUAUGUACGUUACUAAGCAUCAUCUAAACUAGGCCUGCACAACUCAAAAUGUAAGGCGGGCCAUAAUACUUUAUGAAAAACUUGUGCAGGCAAAAAAAAAAAAUAGGUCAGGGGACAGCUAUGAAGAAAAUAAUAAUACUAAAGAAUAUUUCGUUAGAUCUACUGCUCGGGCCGCAUGUGCCCGAUAAUAUAAAUCAUUCGAGCCAAGUCAACGACACGAAGAUUUUGACCAAAAAAUGUUUAAAACUUAAACUCACAUUAUUUACAUCUUUUUAAAUAAAGAGCAAACAAAUAUUUGGAGUGAUCUCCCCCAUGAAUUAUUUAAUAACUUCUCUGUGGUUUACGAUUAUUCACAAAUAAAUGAGCCAUGGACAAUAUCCACAAUUUCAAAAUUUUUAAAAUACUGGAAUAAAUGCAGUGGGGCCUAUAAGCAGCUUAUAAAAAAAAAAUGCUAGCUUGUGAAUGCCAGCAAAGAUUUAGUUUAGCCAAUUCCCCCCCCCCCCACCCCCUUUUUUAAAAAACCCAUAUCCUUAAUGAACGACCCCUAGUAGAAUAUUAUUUUAUAAAUAAUUUUAGUGGGGCCUAAAAACAGCUUUAAAAAAAAAAAUGCCAGCUUGUGAAUGCCAGCAAAAAUUUAGUUGAGCCAAUUCCCCCCCCCCACCCCCUUUUUUAAAAAACCCAUAUCCUUAAUGAACGACCCCUAGUAGAAUAUUAUUUUAUAAAUAAUUUUCUUGUAUAAAUGCUGUCCCUUUAAUCAGUACUUUUUUUUGAAUACAUCACUUUCAUAGCCCUUGGUUAUUAAGCUCAUCAGCACCGAGCCCGAUAUAAAAACAUUAUUUUAAUUCAGAGUUACCACUCAACAGUGUUGAUUUCAAGUACCCUCGACUGCAAAGAGAACCCCUCGAAAUUCACAAAAGAAACUCUUUAUUUUUUGUUGUUUCAAACAGCAUUUCUUGGAGAGACUCAAGGGUAUUGAACUACCAUCGGAAAUACUUGAAUUGGUAACAAUAGUGGACACUCCUGGCAUUUUGGAAAACAGGAAACAACAAGAAAGAGGCUACCCAUUCAAUGAAGUUAUUCAAUGGUUUCUACAGAGAUCUAGUGUCAUUUACCUGGUCUUUGACCCAACAAAGAUGGAAGUUGGCACUGAGCUAGAGAAUAUUUUUAAUCAGGUCAGUAUUAAGAUUUUUUAAACAUCAUGAUCUAGGGGGUAUUAAGCUAAAUGGCUUUUGGGAAGCAUACAAAAAAAAAGGUGUAAAAAUUAAAUCAAAUGGUUGCUUUUUCAUUUUUUUUAACUAUGUAUCCACAGCUUAAAGGAUAUGAUGCUAAAAUAAAAAUACUCCUGAACAAGGCUGACACCAUCACUCAACAAGAGCUCAUGAAAGUCUACGGGGCACUCUUCUGGAAUUUAGCCCCCAUCGUCAAGUCAGUGGAACCACCCAGAGUCUACAUAGGAUCGUUCUGGUCCAAAGCGAAAAUAGACCACCCGAUGUAUCGGUUGUUUUUAGAAGAGGAAACAGCAUUGCUAGUUGACUUGAAUCAAGUUGUGGAGAACCAGGUGGAAAACAAAGUGGCUUAUAUUAGAACACAUGCAUAUUUGGUACGUCUUCACGCAUUAACGGUGGACAGCUUUAUGAGAACAUACGAAAAUCAUAAAAGUUUAAUCUUCAAUAAUGAUAAACUAUGGCAGGAGAUUGUUAACGAACCUGAUAAAUUUGGAGUAUUCCAAGAAGUCAUGGUCAACACAGAAAUGAGUAUACAUGACACCCCCAGAGCAGAAACGUACUUACAUUUUUUUAGAAUUAAUACGCUCAACAUAUUUGCAAGACUCAAAAGCCACUGUACUUUUUUCAGCGGUUGUGCCAUAGAUAAAAUAUCAGCAGCCAUCACAAAAGAACUGCCCCAGCUUCUAGCAUAUCUAAAGGAAAAUGUCUCUCAAGGACACUGUACCAAGGAUACAUGUUGAAACUGUCAAUUAUUACUUUUUUUUUUCCCCAUUAUGGGAAUAACCCAAUUCUCGUAACAUUAAAUUAACUUAUUCAUCUUUUUUAAAAUGUGCCUUGCUACUUAUUGUGCACAAUGCAAUAUUCAGUAUUUUCCCCCUUCAACAAAAUGUUGUAGUGAAUCAUAAAUUGUGAGCCAUUUCAGUUUUCCUGCUGUGAAGAACUUAUGAUACUGCAAAUUUAAGUUUUUCCCUAGACAUAAAAACGCAUUAGCAAGGUAUGUUUUGUUUUGUCACAUACUAAGCUGACAUAUCUGAAAUAAUAAGCUUUUAUUUAAAAUAUGCUAAAAUUUUACACCAUUCCAUAAGUCAAGUUCUAGUUUUUUAAAAAGUAAGACCGGUUACCGGUACUUAUUCCAUCAGUUUAAAUUAAUUUUGAGGGCAUUUGUAAUAAUCUAUUUCCAUUGUUAACUCCAAAUAAAUUUAGAUUUGUACAAAAUAAUUUGUUCUAGUCUUUCCAAAAUAUUUAUAGCAGCUUUUUAAAAAGACACUGUUAACAGUUUUAUUUCACUCUAAGUUUACACGUUUCAUUAUUUCUGUUAUCAUAAGAGUAUUAUGAUUGUUUGAAAUUAUAAUGAGUUGCCAAAACCUGCUUUUUGAUUGUUUCAAGUGACAAGACUCAAUACAUUCAAUAAGAGGAUAGUUGCUUGAUUAGAACAACAAUAUUUUUUUACAAAAUAAUUGUCCAAGAUUUAUCUGUAUAGAAUUGUGUUAUAACAAUAGUUCCAAAUUAAUUAUUCUUAAAUAUCUGCUCAUAGUUUACACUGUUUAGGCAUGUAACAUGAUGUUCUAUGAAAAUCAGAAAAUUGUUUAGUGCACCUGAUAACUGCUAAUAGGUGAGCAUACAAUUACAGGCUAUAACUGUUAAUGGCCAGAGUGAAAGGUAAAUUAUGUGUUGCCUGUUGCCAUUAAAUCAAAUUGAUACAAGAAUGCAUUGUAUAUCAAAUUACACUUUUACUGUAAACAUGAGAUUGAACUGAUUUGACUCUUAAAAAUUCUUCUCAACAUAAAAAUAAGGAUGGAAAGAUGAUGCUGCUAAUAAAUAAAGCAGCUGCAAUAUUACUAUUUCUGGAUGUCAUGUUAUAAUUAUGUUUGUAUUUGUCAUAGAAAUUAGUCGAAGGGUUCAUUAAUUACUCCCCCAACCCCACUUUCAUUAAUUUUUCCAUUUAGAGUGAAAAUAAAAUAUUUUUGUUUA